UUCCUCACUCGGCGAUCGGCAUCGAUCAUCCGAUCAAGUCGUCAUCGUCUUCUUCUUCUUCCUUCCUCUUGUUAUUCUUCACACGCACAGCACAUGCGAAACCGAAGCAGCCGCGGCUAUAAAGUCCACCUGAAACCGACCUUGCUGCUCCCAGCAUAUCCAUAUCCAUCUGAUUCAAUUCGUGCGUGCGUUCCUAGUUGCGCGUGGUGGCAGAGCGAUAGCUGAGUGAUGGCGACCGGUGGGUUCUUGCCGGUGGUGGUGAUGGUGGCGCUCAACGUGGCGGCGGCGGUCAUGGUGUUGCUCGUCAAGGUGGCCAUGGACGGCGGCCUCGACCCGCUCGUGCUCGUCACCCUCCAGCAGCUCAUCGCCGCGCUCUUCCUCGGCCCCAUCGCCUUCUUCAGGGAGCGCAAGUCCAGGCCCAAGAUGACCAUGGAGAUCUUCCUAUACCUCUUCGCCAGCGCCGCGCUCGGGGCGGCGCUGCGGCAGUACAUGAACUUCGUGGCGCUGCGGUACACCACGGCGACCUUCGUCACCGCCUUCUCCAACCUGGCGCCAGUGCUCACCUUCCUCCUCGCCGCCGUCACCCGCUCCGAGACGCUCAACCUCCGGACUGGGACGGGCCGCGCCAAGCUCGCAGGCACGCUCGUCUCGCUCGCCGGCGCCAUGGUGCUCACCUUCUACAAGGGCGUGGCCCUCACCAACACCCACCUCCAUCACUCAGCCUCUGCUGCUGCUACUCCUUCGUCGUCGCCAUUAUCGGCCGCCGAGUCCAGCAGGCGGUGGACGCUGGGAACGGUGGCGAUCCUCGGAAACUGCGUCUGCCUCGCCUGCUGGUACCUCCUUCAUGGUCGGCUCGCCAAGAAGUACCCCUACGUCUACUCCUGCAACGCCUUCAUGUCCACCUUCAGCUUCCUCCAGGUCGCCGCCAUCGGCCUCUGCGCCAAGCGUAGCCUCGCCGCAUGGCUCAUCACCUCCAAGUUCCAGAUCCUCACCAUCCUCUACGCCGGGAUUGUGGCGUGCGGCGUCUCCUUCGUGCUGCUGACCUGGUGCAUCGAGAAGCGUGGCCCGGUGUUCGUCUCCGCAUUCAUCCCUGUGGUGCAGAUUAUCGUCUGCGUCCUCGACUUCACCGUCUUACACGAAUCGCUCUACCUUGGAAGUGUGCUGGGAUCUGUGUUUGUGAUAGGUGGGCUGUACCUACUGCUGUGGGGCAAGAGGCAGGAGGCCUUGCAGCAGCGUCCAAAAGUUUCUGAACAUGACAGAGAACAGCAGCAGCAGCAGCAAGUGCAAUUGCAGCCCUGACUGAAGAUUGAAAGACUGAGUCUUCCAAUGGGGUGUUAAUUAACAAGUGCAGCAAUAAGUUCUCCAACUCUCGCUUAUUUUCUUAAUCUUUCUUGUUCAUGUAAGGUCACUCAGGUGUAAAGCUUCAGAAUAUUAUGACUCGUGAAGCUGGUUUUAGGCUCUAAUCCAAACAAAACUAGGGUACAUGGAUAUUCGUCUGAACCAAAAGUAACAGAAAUAUUAAAACCGAAAAGUGUAUACUACAA